GCCGCCCAUAUUUUUAGAGGUUAUGUCAUGCAUGGCCAAUUUUAUUAACAAAAUUUAUUUACAAUUUUGAAAUAGAAUCUUGAAUAUAUUGAUACCAAACCUUCAAAUUUGCAUUACUUUAAUGUGAUAAUGAGUUCAAGUGAGGGAAAUUUAUAAUUUUUCAAUGCAAAAAUCAUAACGUCAACUUGAUAAAGUUUAGAUCUGUCAAAAUACUUUGUUAACCUAUAAUACGAAAUUGACCAUAACUAUGAAAAUUAUUAUACUCUGAUUUACCAUUAAGAUCAUUUUAACCGGUGUCUUCACCACGGUUCAAGGAUCGGGGAAUUGUCAAUAGAAUGAUCUUCAAUUUGUUGAAUACUAUUUAUUUUCAAUAACAGCGAAAUGGUGCUUUUGAAUAUAGUGCUUCGAAACGCCAAAAAGAUUGACGUUAAGUACAAAUUCCUGGAUUCGAUACAAAUUCAAGUUAGAGGUGGAAAAGGAGGUGCAGGCUGUCCAAAGUACGGAGGCAUAGGAGGCAAUGGCGGCAACGUCACACUCAAGGUCAAUGAUGGAGCCAAACUAUCUGACGUGCUUCGACAAUAUCCAAGAAAAGUAGUGGCUGCGGAAGAUGGAAGAGAUAGCAAAAAACAUUGCAUAGCUGGGAAUAGAGGAAAAGACAAAAUCGUCCUAAUUCCUCCGGGAAUUACAGUUUAUGAAGGAAACAGACACUUAGGUGAUCUGGACAAAGUGGGCGGAAGCAUGUUGGUGGCGAAAGGAGGGUUGGGCGGCCGCCUGGAGACAGGCUUCAGCUCGACGAGGGGCGAGAGCUUCGACCUCACCCUUGACCUCAAGCUCAUCGCUGACGUCGGUCUGGUCGGCUUCCCCAACGCCGGCAAGUCCACGCUGCUAGCGGCUCUUUCCAGAGCCAAGCCCAAAAUCGCCUCCUAUCCUUUCACGACGGUGAGGCCGAACAUAGGCGUGAUGGAGUUGGAGGACGGUCGGCAGAUCUCGGUGGCCGACCUGCCCGGCCUGGUGGAGGGGGCUCACCGCAACUACGGCAUGGGCCACCGCUUCCUGCGGCACGUGCAGCGCACCCUCCUCCUCCUCCUCGUGGUCGACAUCGACGGUUUCCAGCUCAGUCCGCUCCACACCGCGCGCUCCUGUCUUCAAAACAUACUCCUUCUCAACAAGGAAUUGGAAUUGUAUAAUCCCGACCUAGUCUACAAACCAUGCGUCCUUUUAGUGAACAAAAUGGAUAAAGAGGAUUCACAAAGGACAUACAAAGAAAUAGAAGAUAGAAUACACAAUCUAGCAGGCUAUAAUUCAACAGUUUGUGAAGAAAUGCAGUCGAAUGUUGUCCUAAACUUCUCAGCAGUUCUCCCGAUUUCGGCAAAGCAUGCGACUGCAGAGGACAUGGACUCCAUUAAGAAUACAAUAAGAGAAGUCAUUGAUGAGCACUACGAUGCACCUCGAUUAGAAGACGAAAUCAAUCUCCAAAACAGAUGUAGAAGUCAAAUUAGUGAGCAAUGUCAAAUAGUUGUAUAGUCUCUGUUAUUUGAGUGAACGUAUAAAUAUAAGUUUAACAUAGUUAUGUACGUCUUCUGAAUUUAUCUUUAUUGCGAAACCUAUAUUGACUAACUGCUGAAUUCUAAUAGGAAAAUAUUUCUAUCCAAUGAUCUAUAUUGUAAUGUAGCCAAUUAUUUGCCAUGAAUCUUCUUUCACAAUCGAGAGGAAAAAAUGAAUUGAAAGAUAAAAAAUGAGAUUUGAAUUAAAAUUAACAGUAAAAUUAAUAACAUAACUAUACAAGGUUUGCUUUCUAAUUAGAUAAUUAAAUAAUUAAUAUAAUCACUGAAGCUGUCCUGAAGAAGGGUAUCUCGAUACUCGAUGCAGGUGGGGUAGAGCCGGUGGCGGGCCUGUUUAUCCGCUGUAGAUAGUUCCAGAUCCCGUCCUCGUAACAGACUGCCAACAGGCAUACCUUUUUCCAGUCAAAUUUUACUUGUCAUGAAUUUUUACCGUCGUCAACACUCUUGAAGUUUUAAACAACAAGGUCUCUUGAUUGUGAAAAUGACAAAUAAUCGGCUACAUUAUAAUAUCUAUACGAUUCUAGAAACCUUAUUAAAAUAAGCAAUGAGAACAUAAUUUUCAGUAUGUUUGUCAGUAAUUGGAACCUUUGUAGUACAAUCACAAUAUACAAUAAAUGAAUGUUUAUUUCGGGAA